UCUCCCAUUGGUUGUUUCGGGACUUUUGGUCACCCGUGCGUCAAACUGAAAAUAACAAGAUUGGUUUCACAUGCAAACUGUCAAGAGUGAAGGAAGCGAGCGGGUGGCAGCGAUGUGAACCUCCCAGCCGCACUGACUGUUGGUAUCGAAUACAAAUGGAGGAAAGGACUGUCACGAGAUAAUUGGGGCUGUAGCCUCCACGUUGCUAAAGACUCUUGAGAAGACAUGAGAGAAGAAUUUGCUGAAAGUAGAAUGAGAAACUUGAGUAACGACCUGGAUUGACUGAGGACUGACGAGCACCAUCAUUUCCCACUGAAACUUUUACCUUUGAGCUCCGCUCAUUCAGACUCAUUCUGCUCCUCUGACACACACCUUCAUCCACCAGCUCUGCUGUCCAACCGAGGCAGAGUGGACCCGUCCCUCCCCCCAGGCCUUGCGCCCUCCCAUCGGCGGCCCGCUUUGGCGGUGUGUUGGUGUAAGAUGGCGCGGUGGGACGCUGAGGGCUGCCGCGGGGGACUGUGAUGUCAGAGCCCAACAGCCCGGGCGAGAGCCGGCGUGGCGCUCCCAGAUUCUUCGUGGGCUGCGAGGACGAUGAGAGCGAGGUCCUGGAAGACAGCAUGAGGACAGACAUGGAGCUAUAUGAGGACGACGAAGACACAGACUCGCCCCCAGAGCGACAGAUCGUGGUGGGGAUCUGCUGCAUGAUGAAGAAGUCCAAAUCCAAGCCAAUGACCCAGAUCCUGGAGAGGCUGUGCAGGUUUGAGUACAUCACUGUGGUCAUCUUCCCAGAGGAUGCCAUCCUCAACGAGGCCGUGGACAAAUGGCCUCUAUGUGACUGCCUCAUCUCCUUCCACUCCAAGGGAUUCCCGCUGGAUAAGGCAGUGAGUUAUGCCAAACUGAGAAACCCUCUGCUCAUCAACGACCUGAACAUGCAGUACUACAUACAGGACAGGAGAGAGGUGUAUCGCAUCCUGCAGGAGGAGGGCAUAGAUCUACCACGCUAUGCUGUGCUGAACCGUGAUCCAGAUAAUCCAGAUGAGUGUAACCUGGUGGAAGGAGAGGACCAUGUGGAGGUGAACGGAGAGAUAUUCCAGAAACCUUUUGUUGAGAAACCUGUCUGCGCUGAGGACCACAACGUCUACAUCUACUACCCCACCUCGGCUGGUGGUGGCAGCCAGAGACUCUUCAGAAAGAUCGGGAGCCGGAGCAGUGUGUACUCACCAGAGAGCAGUGUGAGGAAGACCGGCUCUUACAUCUAUGAAGAGUUCAUGCCAACAGAUGGAACUGAUGUUAAGGUGUACACAGUGGGGCCAGACUAUGCUCACGCUGAGGCUCGGAAGUCUCCUGCUCUGGACGGGAAGGUGGAGCGAGACAGUGAGGGGAAGGAGGUCCGCUACCCCGUCAUGCUCUCAGCCAUGGAGAAGCUGGUGGCCCGAAAGGUCUGCCUAGCAUUCAAGCAAACUGUGUGUGGCUUCGAUCUCCUGCGUGCCAAUGGACACUCUUAUGUGUGUGAUGUCAACGGUUUCAGUUUCGUGAAGAACUCGAUGAAGUACUAUGACGACUGUGCCAAGAUCCUCGGGAACAUCGUGAUGCGUGAGCUGGCUCCUCAGUUUCAGAUUCCCUGGUCCAUCCCGACCGAGGCAGAGGACAUCCCCAUUGUGCCCACUACAUCAGGGACCAUGAUGGAGCUCCGCUGUGUCAUUGCUGUCAUCCGACAUGGAGACCGAACGCCCAAACAGAAGAUGAAGAUGGAAGUUCGCAACCCCAUGUUCUUUGAUCUAUUUGAAAAAUAUGGAGGAUACAAAACAGGGAAAUUGAAACUGAAGAAGCCAAAACAACUGCAGGAGGUGCUGGACAUCACACGGCAGUUGUUAGCAGAACUGGGACAGCACAAUGACUGUGAGAUAGAAGAGAAGAAAUCUAAACUGGAGCAGCUGAAGACUGUUCUGGAAAUGUAUGGCCACUUCUCUGGGAUCAACAGAAAAGUGCAACUAACCUACCUGCCCCAUGGGCAGCCAAAAACCUCAAGUGAGGAAGAAGACACACGUAAGGAAGGUCCGUCUCUGCUGCUGGUGCUGAAGUGGGGAGGAGAGUUGACUCCUGCUGGCAGAGUGCAGGCUGAGGAGCUGGGAAGGGCCUUCCGCUGUAUGUACCCCGGAGGACAAGGGGACUAUGCUGGCUUUCCAGGCUGCGGGUUACUGCGGCUACACAGCACCUACAGACAUGACCUGAAGAUAUAUGCUUCUGAUGAAGGAAGGGUGCAGAUGACGGCUGCCGCCUUCGCCAAGGGUUUGCUGGCUCUGGAGGGGGAGCUGACACCCAUCCUGGUGCAGAUGGUGAAGAGUGCCAACAUGAACGGGCUGCUGGACAACGACAGCGACUCCCUGAGCAGCUGCCAGCACCGAGUGAAGGCCCGACUGCAUGAGAUUCUGCAGAAGGACAGAGACUUCACCGACGAAGACUUCGACAGGCUGGCUCCGACCUGCAGUGACUCUUUGGUGAAUUCAAUGAAGAUAGUCCAGAACCCAGUGGCCACAUGUGACCGGGUCUACGCCCUCAUUCAGAGCCUCACUUCACAAAUCCGCAAAAGGAUGGAGGACCCCAAGUCAGCUGACCUGCAGCUGUACCACAGUGAGACACUGGAGCUGAUGCUGCAGCGCUGGUCCAAACUUGAGCGUGACUUCCGCAUGAAGAACGGCCGCUACGACAUCAGUAAAAUACCAGACAUUUACGACUGUGUGAAGUAUGAUGUCAUCCACAAUGCUACUUUAGGGCUGGAGGACACUCUGGAGCUGUUCAGACUCUCUCGAGCUUUGGCUGACAUCGUCAUCCCACAGGAAUAUGGCAUAAAUAAAGUGGAGAAAUUAGACAUAGCAUAUGCCUACUGCCUCCCGCUGGUCAGAAAGAUCCAGCUGGACCUGCAGAGGACCCACGAGGACGAGUCUGUCAACAAACUACACCCUCUGUACUCUCGAGGAGUAAUGUCUCCAGGGCGCCACGUCAGGACACGUCUAUAUUUCACCAGUGAGAGUCAUGUCCACUCCCUGCUCAGCAUUUUCCGCUAUGGAGGUUUGCUCGAUGAGGAGAAGGACCAGCAGUGGAAGCGUGCCAUGGAUUACCUCAGUGCUGUCUCUGAACUCAACUAUAUGACUCAGAUUGUCAUCAUGCUGUAUGAGGACAACAAUAAGGACCUCACCUCAGAGGAGCGCUUCCAUGUAGAGCUCCACUUCAGCCCUGGUGUCAAAGGUGUCGAGGAGGAGGAGAACGCACCGACCGGCUUCGGCUUCAGGCCCGCCUCUGCAGAGAACGGGCAGAAACAGACGGACCCCGGCAGCCUGGAGGACCUCUCACGGGAUGAGACCGACCGUGCCGUGCCAUUGUCUGAGCCAAUCACCAUUCAGAGGAGGUCCCCACUCAUACGCAAUCACAAGACUGGAUCCAUGGAGGUUCUAUCCGAGACAUCAUCCUCCAAAGUGGGCAGUUAUCGACUCUUUUCGCUCUGCUCACGACAAUCCCCUGAGAUGAAACAAAGUGGAUUAGGCUCUCAGUGCGCCGGGCUCUUCAGCACCACUGUCCUAGGUGGGUCCUCUAGCGCCCCUAACCUCCAGGACUACGCACGCGCACAUCGCAAAAAAUUCUCCACUGGCAGUCUGUCCUACAAAGACGGAACACAAGAUGACACAUCCACCAUAGCAGUGGCUCCACCUGUCUGGUGCACUGCUGCAGAGCCCUUGGAGGAGCACCAUGUGGCCCAGUUGUUGAGGCGUUUCUCCACCGACCUCAGCCUGGGCCGCCACCUCUCUCUGGACAGGGCGCUGGCCCACCACCUCCACCAGUGCUCCUACCACCUCCGCCUCUUCCGAAACUGGCUCAUCUCCGGCCAGGACCCCCUAGAGUACUUCUACGGCUUCGAAGGCUGCUCCAUGGUGCCGUCCAUCUAUCCUCUGGAAACGCUGCACAACUCGCUGUCGCUAAAACAGGUCAACGAGUUCCUCGCCGGCGUGUGCGAGAGCGCAGGGGAUCCACAAGCGAGAACGACCAGAGCUCUGACGGCCAUGUUUGACACACACAACCAGCCGUCAGUGGACUCGUACAUCCCUCAGAGAGUCCUUUCAUCCUCCAUCUCCCUCAGAUCUCGUUCUGACAGACCUCCUUGGUACAGCAGCGGUCCCUCCAGCACAGUGUCCAGCGCCGGACCGUCCUCUCCCACCACAGCAGACACUUCUCCACGCUUCAGCUUCAGCGAGAAAAUCUCCCUCACCCCUCAGAGCAGCGAGGAAACUCACUCCUCUCAAAACAUUUCCUCUCAGCCACUGCCCGCCGUCCUCGACCCAACCUGCCCCACUGUUCCAAACCCCGGGGAAGUUCCUCUGACUCCAAACAACUCACCCGAGGACGAUGCUGAGCACGCCGCUGUCACUGGUAAUCCUGAGUGUUCACAGGAAGGGCCAGAGGUGGCUCCCGCAACAGUGGACACCAUCACUGGUGUCGUUUCAGAUCCUGGCAUGAGGCCGCCCUGCUCUGGGUUAGCUGAGCUCACUCUGGGUCGGAUGGAGGGUUACUGCCUCCCAGGAUCUCUGCCUGUGCUGUUGGAGCUCAGGGAGAGCAGCAGUGAGGCGGGCUCCAGCUCCCAGACGCCUCAGUCUCCUGAGGGACCUGACGAGUUCUUUGACACUCAGGAGUCGAUGGAGUUGUGGAUGGACAGUCCGGAGAGUCUCCCCCGUCCUGAGACGCCUCUGGAGGUCGGAACAACUCACACAGCGGAGCCGUAGGGCCGCAGAGACUCAUAUCUGUCAGAAACUACUGCGGUUACAUCUAAAACUGAAUUCCUCUGGGAUUAUCUUGACGUUACAUCAUCAUACUCUCAGUCAUGAUGCAUCGUACUGAGCUACAGCUGACCUGACCUCCCACCUGCUCCAGCUCAGUGACUGUGUGUUGAGUAAUACUGAUUGGGCAGCUGGUUUUCACACUCGGCUCUGUGUUGGGGAAACAUGUGACAGGUGCCCCUCGAGCUGUUCAUUGCCUUUAAAAUGACGCUGGUGACCCACCAGUGACGCCGCUGAUCCUCCGCCGGGAGUCCGCUGGGUCAGCUCAUCAUUCUGUUAAUGUGUAGGAAGCCACUUGUUGUAAGGUGAAGCUUUAUUGUCCAGUUUAUCUGUUACUGUCUCUAACAUGCUGUUGCACUAACUGUUUCCUUAAAGCUGUGUCAAUCCAUGUUUGGCCACUAGGGGGCAAAAACUCCCAGCGACCCACAGCCGUGCCCUGAUAUUAGAAGACACCUUAAAAACUGUAGAGCUGCAAUGAUUAGUCAGUUUAAAGAAAAUUAAUUGCCAUUUACUUUGAAGGUUGAGUAAAGCUGCUGUAAGUGAUACGUUUUUUUCAAAGAUAAGUGUUAAAUUGCUCUUUGAUCCAGCUGUUAUCACUGUUACAAACUGAUAUUAUCAAGCAAAACUAUCCAACAUUUUCUGGUUCCAGCUUCUCGCAUGUGAGCAUUUGCAGCUUUUCUUUAUCAUUUAUGACAGUAAAUGAAGAGUAUAUGCCAACAGAGUGGCAAAGGAGUUGUGCUUCACGAAUGCAGGUAUCAAAAACCAGGUGCUCUUUGGAUCCAAGGUCAUGUUACGACAGGUGUGACUUUGCUUUGUGAUCAGUAAGUUAUAACCAAAAAAUACCAGAGAACACAGCUUCAGGUAGAGAUUCUCUGUGUUGUGCAGGAAUCUGAUUGUUGGUUUCAGUGAGCAGUCUCCAUUUCUAAACUAACAUUAAGUAUUGUUAAGAGUUGAGAGAUGCAGUGAGACGAGGCUGUCGCAGAAAAUCUGACCCGAGUCCUUCGCAACGAAACCGACAGUUCAGCAGCAUCAAACCCCUGAAACCGGUUCUGUCCACAGACUCGUACAGACGACAGAGACGAGGAAGGUCUAAUAUUCCACAUCAUGUUACAAUCUGCUCAUAUAUUAUAUAAAACGUGAGUUUGUUAUACAUGUUAGUUACUACAAACUGUUACAUAGAGCCUCUUAAGCCUCUCCUACAUUUUUACAAACCUUGAUAUUUUUCAGUUGAGACUUAUUGAUCACAAAGCAAAGUCCAGCCUCCCUUUUUUUAUUUUAGUUAAAGAAGAGUCUGUGUUUUAGACAGUAGAAGUAAUUUGAAAAUGUCACUUUGGGAUCUUAACAUUUUAUAGACUAAACGAUUAAUCAUGGAAAUAAUCAGCAGAUUAAUCGAUAUGAAAGUACUCAGUCAGCUGCAGCCCAACAGCUACGACUGAUCAGAUCAUAAUCCCAUGAUGAUUUGAUUCACUCUGCUCUGGUUUUGCUCCCCAACAAAUCCAGACGAGAAUAUCUGACAUUUUUAGCUGCCAGAAGUUCCACUGUGUUCUGUCAGUCAGCCAUUUUGUGCCGGGCAGGUGGUGUACAGAGGAUUUAUACAGGCUAGCAGAGAGCGACGAGUCUUAAUGUGCUAAAGUAAGACGAGAAAAGAGACGAAAAAGAAAACAUGUUACAUUCGUGUGUUCUGUUGGUUCAUUGUGACCAUGAUGAUGUUCAUUAAUGGAGCUUUAAAUUGUGUAAGUGUGUGUGGCGUCUCUCUCACCUUGGACAGCUGCAGUAGUGAAGUUUCAGCUUUCAUAUCGUCCAUCACAGUCAGGUGACGUGAUAACCUGCCACCAUCAGUCGGCCGUCGUGCUUCAUCAUCGCUGUGGAAACUUUUCUGUUUCCUUUUUUAAAAUGACUCGCAGUGCAAAACAAACACAAUCCAGUCUGAAACUCUCCUGCUCCUCAUCAUCCGCCAGCGUCUGUCCUGUGCUGAGCUCCUGUAGCGCUAUAAGUCGAGUCCUGCAUCUGUGAUUUAAACAAAACAAAACGAGCUGAAUGACAGCAGCUGAAUCUUAGUUACUGCCAGCUAAUUGUUUAAUCUCCAGGUCCGACCGUGUGUGCACUGCUUACUGCCAAAGUCCUUAAGCCUCAUCGAAGAUUUAAUAUAAUCAGUAGGGACUGAUAGAAAGAGGAAAUAAUAUUUAUUUUGAAAUUGAAUCUUGAAAAAUGAAAAAAAAAAAAGGUCUGAUAUUUUUGAUACCCACAUCAGAUAUUUAAUUGUACCAUAGCUGUUGUAUAUUUUUUGUAAAAUCACCUCAUGAUGUGGGAAAAUCUGAAAGCUAAUCUCUCUCGUGUUAUCACUGAACAAACAGGAGGGGAAAUUUACAUUAAACGUGCUUUUAUUGUGGCGAGCAGUAAUGUAGCAGGUGUGUGUGUGUGCGCGUGUGUGGGAUGGGGGGGAGGGGGAGUGCACACACACCUGGGAAGUCAUUCAGGUAGAAGAGUGCUGAGGUGCAAUUCUGUGCUGAGUCAGCAGGAUUUCAUGUUACAUUUCGUUGUACUGUAGAGGUGAAAACACAACUGUGACCUGUCAGCCUGUGUGUGUGUGUCUGUGUCUGUGUGUGUGUGUGUGUGUGUGUGUGUCUGUGUGUGUCUGUGAGUGUGUGUGCACAUCAUAGCGCUGUUUGCUUAAAGGGUCAAUUCACUCAAACGAAAUAAAAAAAACAUCCCAACAGUU